AAGACAGAAAGUCCGUUGGAACCGUCUGCUGCACCCUGGUCUCUGGAGAUGAGGCAGGAGGGCUUGGGGACAGCUGGGGACACGGCCCAGAUGAUCCGGUCCCGGCAGAAGUGACUGGCGGGGACCAGGAUGCUGGAGGGUCAGCUCGAGGCCGGGGAGCCCAAGGAGGGCACCCACCCAGAGGACCCGUGCCCGGGAGCUGGGGCUGCCAUGGAGAAGACACCUGCAGCAGCCGAGGUCCCCAGGGAGGACGGCAAUGCCGGGGAGAUGCCGUCAUUACAGCAGCAGAUCACCAGACUCCACCAAGAGCUCGGGAGACAGCAGUCGCUGUGGGCUGAUGUUCACAGAAAACUCCAGAGUCAUAUGGAUGCCUUGAGGAAGCAGAACCGGGAGCUCCGAGAAGAGCUGAGAGGUCUGCAGCGGCAGCAGUGGGAAGCCAGGAAGAAACCUGCAGCAUCCCCACACGCGGGGCGAGAAUCACACACUCUGGCAUUGGAAUCUGCUUUUGGAAAAAUUUCACCUCUGUCAGCUGAUGAAGAGACAACGCCCAAAUACGCUGGCCGCAAGAGUCAGAGUGCCACUCUCCUGGGACAAAGAUCGUCAUCUAACCACUUAGCUCCUCCAAAGCCAAUGAGUUUAAAGACAGAAAGAAUUAACUCGGGGAAAACAUCACCACAGGAAGACAGAGAGAAAAGUCCUCCCGGGAGACGUCAAGACAGAAGUCCAGCACCCACUGGAAGGCCGACUCCCGGUGCAGAAAGACGGGGGGUGUCUGAAGACGGAAAGGUUAUGCAUCCAUCUUCCCGAAGUCCGCAAAACUCCAGUGGCAGAAAAUCACCAGUGCAGGCUUCCCAGGCCCCCACGCUGCAGAAGCAGACGGCAGCAGCCGGAGGAGCUGACAGAAGCUCAUCAGUCUUAGGGAGUUCUGAAGGCGGAUUUCUCAGCCGCGUUCAAGCUGACGAGUUCGCCAGUUCUUCCCCAGACAGUGCAGAGCGGCAGGUAGAAAAAUUCUACCCCAAUGGCUCCAAAGAAAUCGUGUUUCCCAAUGGGACAGUGAAACAUCUCAAGGAUGGACAGGAAGAGACCUUAUUUCCUGAUGGGACAAUCGUAAGGGUGGAAAGGAAUGGCGACAAAACCACUGUGCUCAGCAAAGGGCAGAAAGAAAUCCACACAGCCCAGUUCAAGAGGAGGGAGUACCCGGAUGGCACCGUCAAGACUGUGUAUUGCAGCGGCUGUCAGGAAACCAAGUAUGCCUCCGGGAGGGUUAAGAUCAAAGAUGAAGCUGGAAAUGUCGUCCUGGACGAGAAGCAGAUGAGCCCUCAACACGCAGCAUCACAUGGGAAAUGCCAAUUGCAGAUUUUUCCUAAAACAGACAAAAACUAAUAACAUAUUAGCUGCCCUAAAUGAUCUUGGAGAGCCACCAAAACUUUAGGACUACCCAAGUCAUCUAGAAAUUGCAAAGGAAAAGACAUUCUCUCCCCUAUUUAGGAAACUUGGUUAGAGCAGCACACGUCAGAGAACAGGAGGCUCACAAAAGAACGAUUUCUUGUCUUCUGCUAGCUUUUGAAUAUUUUGCUCUUGCUUCUCCAGUUCUUUUAAUUGUGAUGUCAGGGUGUCAAUUUUAGAUCCUUCCUGCUUUCUGAUGUGGGCAUUUAGUAUUAUAAAUUUUUCUCAUAACACUGCUUUAGCUGUGUCCCAUAUAUUCUGGUACAUUUUCUCUUUGUUCUCAUUUGUUUCAAAGAACUUUGUUAUUUCUGCCUUAAUUUCAUUAUUUACCCAGUAGUCAUUUAGGACCACGUUGUUCAAUUUCCAUGUAGUUGUGAGGUUUUGAGUGAGUUUCUUAAUCCUGAGUUCUAAUUUGAUUGCACUGUGGUUUGAGAGGUUGUUUGCUAUGAUUUCAGUUCUUUUGCAUUUGCUAAAGAGUGUUUUACUUCCAAUUAUGUAGUCGAUUUUAGAAUAAAUGCUAUGUGGUGCUGAGAGGAAUGUAUAUUCUGUUGAUUUGGGGUCCAGAGUUCUGUAGAUGUCUAUUAAGUCUGCUUCAUCCAGAGCUGAGUUCAAGUCCUGAAUAUCCUUGUUAAUUUUCUGUCUCAUUGAUCUGCCUGAUAUUGACAAUGAGGUGUUGAAAUUUCCCACUAUUUUUGUUUGGCAGUCUAUGUCUCUUUGUAUUUCUCUAAGAAUUUGCUUUAUAAAUCUGGGUGCCCCUGUAUUGGGUGCAUAUAUAUUUACGAUAGUUAGCUCUUCUUGUUGCAUUGAUCCCUUUACCUUGUUGCAUUGAUCCCUUUACCAUUAUGUAAUGCCCUCCUUUGUCUUUUUUGAUCUUUGUUUAAAGUCUGUUUUAUCAGAGACUAGGAUUGCAACCCUGCUUUUUUUGCUUUCCAUUGGCUUGGUAAAUAUUCCUCCAUCCCUUUAUUAUCUCACACGUCUUUGCAUGUGAGAUGCAUCUCCUGAAUACAGCACACUGAUGGGUCUUGACUCUUUAUCCAAUUUUCCAGUCUGUGUCUUUUAAUUAGAGCAUUUAGCCCAUUUACAUUUAAGGUUAAUAUUGUUAUGUGUGAAUUUCAUCCUGUCAUCAUGAUGCUAGCUGAUUAUUUUGCACAUUAGUUGUUGCAAUUUGUUCAUGGUGUUGUUGGUCUUUAUAUUUUGGUGUGUUUUUUGCAGUGGCUGCUAAUGGUUUUUUCCUUCCAUAUUUGGUGCUUCCUUCAGGAGCUCUUGUAAGGCAGGCCUGGCGGUAACAAAAUCCCUCAGCAUUAGCUUGUCUGUAAAGGAUUUUAUUCAUUAUGAAACUUAGUUCGGCUGGAUAUGAAAUUAUCGGUUGAAAAUUCUUUUCUUUAAGAAUGUUGAAUAUUGGCCCCCCACUCUUUUCUGGCUUGUAUGGUUUCUGCAGAGAUAUCCAGUCUGAUGGGCUUCCCUUUGUAGGUAACCUGACUUUUCUCUCUGGCUGCCCUUAACAUUUUUUCCUUUGUUUCAAAUUUGGAGAAUCUGACAAUUAUGUGUUUUGUUGUUGCUCUUCUCGAGGAGUAUCUUAGUGGUGUUUUUUGUAUUUUCUGAAUAUGAAUGUUUGCCUGUCUUGCUAGGUUCGGGAAGUUCUCCUGGAUCAUAUCUUUAAGUGUGUUUUCCAACUUGGUUCCAUUCUCCCCAUCACUUUCAGGGACCCCAAUUAAUUGCAGGUUUGAUUGUUUCACGUAGUCCCAUAUUUCUUGGAGGCUUUGUUUGUUCCUUUUCAUUCUUUUCUCUAAUCUUGUCUUCUGGCCUUAUUUUAUUAAGUUGAUCUUCGAUCUCUGAUAUCCUUUCUUCUGCUUGAUCAAUUCAGCUAUUGAUACUUGUGUAUGCUUCAUGAAGUUCUCAUGCUGUGUUUUUCAGCUCCAUCAGGUCAUUUAUGUUCCUCUCUAAACUGGUUAUUUUAAUUAGCAGUUCGUGUAACCUUUUGUGAAGUUUCUUAGUUUCCUGGCAUUGGGAUAGAACAUGAACCUUUAGCUCAGAGGAGUUUGUUAUUAUCCACCUACUGAAGCCUACUUCUGUCAGUUAGUCAAACUCAUUCUCCAUCCAGUUUUGUGCCCUUGCUGAAGAGGAAGUGUGAUCAUUGGGAGAAGAAGAGAGGCAUUCUGGUUUUUGGAAUUUUCAGCAUUUUUGUUCUGUUUUUUCGUCAUCUUCGUGGAUUUGUCUACCUUUGAUCUUUAAGGCCGAUGACUUUUGGAUGGAGUUUUUGUGUUGAUGUUGUUGUUGUCGCUUUCUGUUUGUUAGUUUUUCUUCUAACAGUCAGGCUCCUCUUCUGCAGGUCUGCUGCAGUUUGCUGGAGGUCCACUCCAGUCCCUCUUUGCCUAGGUAUCACCAGCAGAGGCUGCAGAACAGCAAAGAUUGCUGCCUGCUCCUUCCUCUGGAAGCUUCAUCCCAGAGGGGCACCAGCCUGAUGCCAGCCAGAGCUCUCCUGUAUGAGGUGUCUGUCAACCACUGUCGGGAGGUCUCUCCCAGUCAGGAGGCAUGAGGGUCAGGAACCCACUUGAGGAGGCAGUCUGUCCCUUAGUGGAGCUCAAGCACUUUGCUUGGAGAACCUCCUUGUCAGGAUCUGCUGCCUUCUUCAGAGCCAGCAGGCAGGAACGUUUAAGUCCGCUGAAGCCACGCCCACAGCCACCCCUUCUUCCAGUUGCUCUGUCCCAGGGAGAUGGGAGUUUUAUCUAUAAACCCCUGACUGAGACUGCUGCCUUUCUCUCAGAGAUGCCCUACCCAGUGAAGAGCAACCUAGAGAGGCAGUCUGGCCACAGCCACCUUGCUGCACUAUGUUGAGUUCCACUCAGUCGUUACCACUGUGAGGGGAAAAACCACCUCCUGAAGCCUCAGUAAUGGCAGAUGCCCUUCCCCAAACCAAGCUCCAGUGUCUUAGGUCAACUUCAGACUGCUGUGCUGCCAGCGAGAAUUUGAAGCCAGUGGUGCUUAGCUUGCUGGGCUCUGUGGGAGUGGGACCCACUGAGUGAGACCACUUGGCUCCCUGGCUUCAGCCCCCUUUGCAGGGGAGUGAACAGUUCUGUUUUGCUGAGGUUCCAAUUGCCACUGGGAACGAAUAAAAAAAAAAACCUCCAAAAGCUAGCUCAGUGUCUGCCUGAACAGCUGCCCAUUUUUGUGCUUGGAACCCAGGGCUCUGGUGGUGUAGACACACGAGGGAGUCUCCUGGCCUGCAGAUUACAAAAGCCAUGGGAGAAGCGUAGUAUCUGGACGAGUAACACAGUCCCGCAUGGCUUCCCUUGGCUGGGAUAGGGAGGCCCCCCACUCCUUGCACCUUCUGGGUGAGGUGACACCCCACCGUGUUUCUGCUCACCCUCUGUGGGCUACACCCACUGCCUAACCAGCCCCAAUGAGAUGAACAGGGUACCUAAGUUGGAAAUGCAAGAAUCACCCACCUUCUGCGUUGGUCUCACUGGGAGCUGCAGACCAGAGCUGUUCCUAUCUGGCCAUCUUGCCAGAUCUAUCCUGCCUAGUUUUUAAACUAAACUUUGUCAUAGGCGUCCAUGCCUGAGAAAUGUCAUAGUGCAUACAGGGCUUGGUACUCUCUGUGGUUUCAGGCAUCUACUGGGGGUCUUGGACUGUGUCCCUGACGGAUAAGGGGGGGUGUAAUUGUGCAUUUUCUGUAUCUGUGUUAUAAUUCAAUAACAAGUUUCAAAACUGAAGUGCACACAUUGCAGGU